AAUAAACAGAAAGAAAAAUGGUAGCUUGCUGCUAACUUUUUUGAAUAAUUUAACCUAAUUUAACCUAGUAGGAAAAUCAUUAUAUAUAACUUUACCAUGGCCACCAAAAUUUUGUUUUUUACAGAAUCGUUACCGUAAGACAACAAAACAAACAAAACAUAACUUCUUGAAAUUUAGUACCAAUAUGAAACUUCAAAGCUUUUACCUUCCUAUUGCCAUCUUCAUCUGUGUCUGCAUAGCAUUUGUUUCGGUCACUGAUGCAUAUACUGCCUCUAUAACUAGGGAAAUGAUAGCAGGUACUAGGUGUAGACUUUGGGUAACAGAUCAAAAUAAUAAUCAAAUAGCUGGUGAUCAUCAUUACCACGACUGUGAUUCAAAUACACCAAAAAACAUGACUUUUCCUAAUACACCUAAUUAUCGGAUUCAUGCAAAAGUACAAGGAAGUACCAGGCAAACGAAAGACCGAGGUGAUUUUAAUGGAGAUGUCUGUUAUCAUAUACAUGGUGAUGUUGGUAAUUGGUGGUUUGAUCCAAGCUGUUAUUGAAUUAUUUUUCUUAAUUAUCUCUGUAAGUUGACAAUUUGUAUGUAGUAAAUAACGUAAGCACAUGACUUACUUACUCCCUUGCAUAACGUAAGUUACUUACUUAGCUAGUAUAAAU